AUGGCUAAAAACACUCGAAUUAACAUUUUAAUAAAUCACACAGCUGGUACAAUAUUGUUUUAUAAUAAACGUAUUGACAUUUUUUAAUUAAUAUCCAAUCAGACUAUUUAAUUGGUUAAAAUGACUGAAGACAACAUAUCAAAUAGUAGUGAAUCACAUAUUAAGACUUUCGAAAUAAAGAACGAUCUUCAGAAAGUUAUUGUUGAUACAUUUUCAUUGUUUACAAGUGACAAUAUUAACAGCAUAUCAAUUAGUGAUUUAGGCAAGGUUAUUCGUUAUUUGGGAUGUGUCCCCACCGAAGAAGAAUUGAAUGAAUUCGCAAACAUUGUGGAAAAUCAAAAUGAACCUAAUACCGUCGAUAAGAAUGUAUUUGUACCGCAUAUGGAAAAGCAAAUAAGGGCUUCUAAGUAUAAACCGGCAACGGCGAACGAAUUGCUACAGGCAUUUCACACAUUAGACAUGGAAAGUAAAGGCUCGUUAUCUGUGGAUUUUAUGCAACAAGCGCUCCGCGAAGGCGAUUCAUUAGAUCCCGAUGAAAUCACUGAAGCAAUUAAGACCGCUUACGACCCCGAUUUCCAGUGUAUAUAUUACGACAUAUGGAUCCAUAAGUUAUUGGGAAAGAACAAAAUGGACCCGUACGCUUUAGCCGCCAACGAUGUCGCUUCGGCUAACCACGCAAAGGCGGCGGAGGACGGAGAACUAAACCGACUGUUAUUGUCCUCCGAGAAUAAUGAUAUUGACCCGGCUUCAGCGGCUGUAUAAUAUUAGAAUAUUACAGCUGCUAUUGAAAACCAAUAAAAAAUAUAUUACGACUCGAAGACGUUAUAUUAUUAUACUUCUUGAAUCUAAAUCGUGUUAUAAAUACGUAUACUGCGCACGUGACAAGAUACGACACGACCACUUGAGCUGCUGUUGACGACACACGCCGCGAGGGUAAUUGGGUCGAAAACAGGUCAGGCACGAGACAAAAGAAGAAUAAGGAUAAAAAAAACCCGAAAGAAACUAUAAUAAUAUUAUCACACACACGUAAAUGGCAAAAGAGUGGAACGGUGGCGGUGCGGGUAUAAGCUCUGCAUACGGUUUUGACACGGUUU